GAAUUCCUGAAAUAAACAAUAACCGAUCCUAAAAAAAAGAACACCAGGCUGUGGCAAACAGAUGAGAGAUGCGAAUAGUGCGAAUGGUGACGACAGCACAAAGCAGCAGCAGCAGCAGCAGGAGCAACAGCAGUGGAAACAACGAGGGGCAACAGCAAUAACAUCAGUGUAGAAGGAAUAAUAUUUCGACGAAAAACCACAAGUUGCAGGCCGGCAGGCAGCAGCAGUAGCAGCAGCAUGACCACAAGAAAGAGCUGCCACGUACUGGCCCUGUUGGGUCUGUGUCUGGUCUGCCAUGAAGCGGCUGUGGUCAGUGGACAUGUGCUCGUCUACAGACGCAUCUCAAAUCAGUUGAUCGAAGAAUUCAAUGAUUUGCCAGCACAAUUUGGUCCUCUACUGCCGCCGAAUGGUCUCAAGGUGUAUGUGGUGCCUGCCAUGCCCCAUUCCUAUGGUUGUGAUACGCUGAGUAGGCCACCGCAUUUGCUUUAUCCAUCGGCGGCCAAAUUUGUGGCACUGAUAUCACGCGGCGGUGGGUGCACCUUUGAGACGAAGGUGCGUAUGGCACAGAAUGCAAGCUACUCAGCUGUGAUUGUCUACAAUAAUGAAGGGGAUGACUUGGAGCAAAUGUCCGCCGAUAAUCAGUCGGGCAUACACAUACCCUCCGUCUUCGUGGGCCACACAACGGGUAAGGCGCUGGCCACAUAUUUCACGCCCGAAGUGGUGCUAAUCAUCAACGAUGAGCUGCCCUUCAAUAUCAACACACAAUUGAUAUUGCCCUUCUCCAUAUUGAUUGGCCUCUGCUUUCUCAUCAUGGUCAUCUAUAUGAUAUAUAAAUGCAUACGCGAACAGCGUCGCCUGCGUCGCCAUCGACUGCCCAAGAGCAUGCUGAAGAAGUUGCCUGUGCGGCGCUACACAAAGAACAAUACGAACAAUAAAUAUGAUACCUGUGUGAUCUGUCUGGAUGAAUUCGUUGAGGAUGACAAGCUGCGUGUGCUACCAUGCUCACAUCCCUAUCAUACACAUUGCAUUGAUCCCUGGCUGACCGAAAAUCGUCGCGUUUGUCCCAUUUGCAAGCGCAAGGUUUUUACGAAAGGCGAGACACGUGCAAGUCGGAAUCGACAGCCUUCGUUGGAUAGUGUCACGGACACGGAUGAUGAUACAACGCCGCUGCUGCAACAGCAGCCAAACGGUGGCAGGCAGGGUGGUCAAGGGUCCACCUCAUCCGCUGCCAGUGCAGCAGCGGCUGGCAGUAGCUCAAGUGUGGCAACAGCUGCUGCUGCUGCUGCUGCUGGAGGCACCACACGCCACGGCACCUUUCGACGUGCUGAUGCUGGUCGGAAUCCAUUUGAGGCGCAGGAGACUCAAAGCUCGGAUGAUGAGAAUGCCCUGCUGGACUCUGCCUCACUUCCGGCCACCUCAUCGUCGUCCACUCAUGAGCGCAUGAAUCCAUUCGAUCGUGCACCAAAUCUACCCGCACAUCUCGCUCGACAGUUGAACGAAGCACGUCCCUCGAUUUGGUCGCGCAUCAACUUUGGCUUCCUGUUUCGUCGUCCAGCGACUGCGAUUAGUGUGGCAGCACCUCCAUAUCUGGAGCACGUAGAGUCUGGAACUAGUGCCGUGAUGGGGCUGCCUGCGACGACUGCAAUGACAUCAACAACGGGGACAAUUGCCGUUGCCACGCCCGCUUCGAAUAACAUCCUUAAUCCGAAUUUAAGCGGCUCGUUCAAGGAUGACGACGAUAUGCCACCGCAUCGCUCCAUCUACGAACCCAUAGCAAUCAAUACGCCAGCGGCCGCCAAUGAUUCGGCGUUCCUGCAGACGCCCACGCAGGGCGGCAUAGGCGUGGCCGCAUUGCCACACAGUGCUGCCGAUCGUCAGUUUCUCAUAUGA